CACCCCCACCCCUCGCCCCGUAGCGCGGUGGCCGUCUAGCUCCAGCGGCCGGCGGAGCGGGCGCGCGCCGGGGUCGCGCGGCUGCCGGAGGGGGCGGGCGCGCGCAGGAGGAGUCGAGGCGUGGAGGGGGCGGGGGACGGCUCGCUGGCUCGCAAGAUGGCGGACGAGGACGGGGAAGGGAUUCACCCCUCAGCCCCUCACCGGAAUGGAGGCGGCGGCGGGGGGUCUGGGCUCCACUGCGCCGGCAACGGCGGCGGGGGAGGCGGCGGCCCGCGGGUCGUGCGCAUCGUCAAGUCCGAGUCCGGCUACGGCUUCAACGUGCGGGGCCAAGUGAGCGAGGGCGGGCAACUGCGGAGCAUCAACGGGGAGCUGUACGCGCCGCUGCAGCAUGUGAGCGCCGUGCUGCCCGGGGGGGCGGCCGACCGGGCCGGGGUGCGCAAGGGGGACCGCAUCCUGGAGGUGAACGGCGUGAAUGUUGAGGGGGCGACACACAAGCAGGUGGUGGACCUGAUCCGAGCAGGAGAGAAGGAAUUGAUCUUGACAGUGUUGUCUGUACCUCCUCAUGAGGCCGAUAACCUAGAUCCCAGUGACGACUCCUUGGGACAAUCAUUCUAUGAUUACACAGAAAAGCAAGCAGUGCCCAUAUCGGUCCCCACACACAAGCACGUGGAGCAGAAUGGUGAGAAGUUUGUGGUGUACAACGUUUACAUGGCAGGGCGGCAGCUGUGUUCUAAGCGGUACCGGGAAUUUGCCAUCCUGCACCAAAACCUAAAAAGAGAGUUUGCCAACUUUACAUUUCCUCGACUUCCGGGAAAGUGGCCGUUCUCAUUAUCAGAACAACAGCUAGAUGCCCGGCGUCGGGGAUUGGAAGAAUAUCUAGAAAAGGUGUGUUCCAUCCGAGUCAUUGGUGAGAGCGACAUCAUGCAGGAGUUCCUGUCAGAAUCUGAUGAGAAUUACAAUGGUGUGUCUGAUGUAGAGCUGAGAGUAGCAUUACCGGAUGGAACAACAGUCACCGUCAGAGUUAAAAAGAACAGUACUACAGACCAAGUAUACCAGGCUAUUGCAGCAAAGGUUGGCAUGGACAGUACAACAGUGAAUUACUUUGCCUUAUUUGAAGUGAUCAAUCAUUCCUUUGUACGUAAGCUGGCACCUAACGAAUUUCCUCAUAAACUCUACGUCCAGAAUUAUACGUCUGCUGUACCAGGCACCUGCCUGACCAUUCGCAAGUGGCUCUUUACAACAGAAGAAGAAAUCCUCUUAAACGACAAUGACCUUGCUGUUACGUACUUCUUUCAUCAGGCUGUGGAUGAUGUAAAGAAAGGUUACAUCAAAGCCGAGGAGAAGUCUUACCAGUUACAGAAGCUGUAUGAACAAAGGAAAAUGGUCAUGUACCUCAACAUGCUGAGGACUUGUGAGGGCUACAAUGAAAUCAUCUUCCCACACUGUGCCUGUGACUCCAGGAGGAAGGGGCAUGUUAUCACAGCCAUCAGCAUCACACACUUCAAACUUCAUGCCUGUACUGAAGAAGGACAGCUGGAGAACCAGGUAAUAGCAUUUGAAUGGGAUGAGAUGCAGCGAUGGGACACAGAUGAAGAAGGAAUGGCCUUCUGUUUUGAAUAUGCACGAGGAGAGAAGAAGCCUCGAUGGGUUAAAAUCUUCACACCAUAUUUCAAUUACAUGCAUGAAUGCUUUGAGAGGGUGUUCUGCGAGCUCAAGUGGAGAAAAGAGAACAUUUUCCAGAUGACGAGGUCACAGCAGAGGGAUGUGGCCACCUAGCCUUGCCUCAUCCUUCCCCUUCUCCUUGUCCUCAUCCUCUUAGCCUUUUGUCUCCCAUGCCAGACAGUAACCAUUAACACAAACGAAGAAAAAAGUCAUAUAUCCCAAAGUCCUAAGCUAAAUGUUAUUAAUACUUCCCCAUGAAUUUCACGUCUCUGGAACUGAGCUGGUAGAGAAGAGCAGGUUGAUAGUGCCAGAAGUCCACUGAGAUCAGACAGAAAUAAGCCCAACCAACUCGCCAAAGGUAUCUUUGUCGUUUUUUCCGGGCCUCAUACCAACAGACUCUCCUUGUACUAUAUUUUUAAAACUGGAACUAUGAACUCCAUCCAUUUGCACUGUUCAAGCAUAUAUAUGUAUGUAUGUAAAAAAUUAUAUAUACACAAAUUAGCUGCACGUAUAUACAUAUAUAUUUCUUUUUAAAUUUCAUAUUGAUGGCAGCACCUUUUUUAGCUUGUGUUUUUACACACCUUCACUGAUUCAUGAUCUCUCUCUUGCUCUCUUUAUUUUGAAACAAACUUUAAAAAGGAAAAAAAAAUUACAGGGAAAAUACCUCUCCUCAUGAAGGACUCGAAAAGUUUACAACCUGCUUGGGUUUUCCCCCUUUUUUGUAUCGAGUACAGUUUCUGGCUAUUGGUUUGCCAUAGAGUCUGAGGAGCAAGGAGUGUAGUGUCUUUAUCUUCAAGAGGGUGCUGAGGAGGAGAAAGGCUGUUUCUCAAGAGCAGUGAGACUGCACGUCUGCAGGGAAUCUAAAGACCCAUGGUCUCAGUUCCAAGUCAGCUUCCUGGUCCGUCGCUCCCACUGUGACUCACUAGUCUGUUCUGCAUCUCCUUCCUGUUUCUUUAGGGCCCAGAGCAGAGUUGAGGGUAGUCUGAGGAGCUUCCAUAGGCAGCUCUUCUUCUGGGAGUGAAGCUUGACAUCGAGGCACAAAGGUUAGACGUGUGGAGCGAAGGAAGGAGGCAGUGCCUCAUAUCUAUAAGGGUUUUACCUCCUCUGUUCCUGUCCCAUAACCACCUGUUUACAUCCUCCAAGACUUCCCUAAACAGUUGUCUGGGGAACGGGUGGCUUGGGUAAACUGAGAGUCUGAGUCUCUGCCAACCAAACCAUAGCCCUCCCCAUGCCAGCUAAGGGCCCAGGAAGAAGUGGAAAUACGCUUGAUGUUGGUUGAUUCCACUUUUUACUUCAAAGGGGACUGGAGAGAAAUCCCAAAGAGUUCUUCAGCUGGGGCUGGGGCUG